AUGCAAGAACUUUCAAAGAACAUUAACAACAUUGCUCUUUUCCUUCAUGAUUUUUUUCCUUUUCGACAUCUUUUAUGUAGUUCUUUCUUUCUUUCUUUCCUUCUUUCUUUCUUUCUUUCUUUCUUUCUUUGCCGCUAUAUCUUUCUUUCUUUCUUUCUUUCUUUCUUUCUUUCUUUCUUUCUUUCUUUCUUUCUUUCUUUAGUUAUUUCUUUCUUUCUUUCAUUCUUUGCCGUUAUGUUUUAUAUAGUUCUUUCUUUCUUUUUCGAUAUAUUAUGUAGUUUCUUUUUUUUCGUUUUUUUUAUGUACUUCGUUCUUUCUUUCUUUUCCGCUAUCCCCUAUGUAGAUCUUUCUUUCUUUCUUUCUUUUUUUCUUUCUUUCUUUCUUUCUUUGCCGCCAUGUUUUAUAUCGUUCUUUCUUUCUUUUCCGAUAUAUUAUGUAGUUUCUUUUUUUUUUCGCUGUUUUAUGUACUUCGUUCUUUCUUUCUUUUCCGCUAUGGCCUAUGUAGUUCUUUCUUUCUUUCCUUCUUUCUUUCUUUCUUUAUUUAUUUAUUUAUUUUCCGCUAUUUGUUCUUUCUUCUCGUCAUCCUUUCUUUCUGUUAUCAGUUAUUACACCUUUUUUCAUUCUUUUCGUAUUGUUUACUUUCUUUCUCCUCAGUUAAUCACUUUUUGCUCUUUUCCCCUCAAUUUUCUGUUCGUUCAUUUCUACGCCUCACUUACAAUACGCUAG